AUGGAGAAAUUUGAAAUGGAAAAAUUAUACGGAUAUCCCGAUAACUUUUUCCAAACAAACACUAUGUGUCUGAAAAUAAUAGGAAUGUGGAUACCAUCGAAAGACUACAGUAUCGUUUUUAGACUUUUCUACGCAUUAUACGUUAUGUUUUUAUACGGCGAAGGACUGCUGUUCCUCUUCUACGAAUUAUUAUUUUUCGGCGAAACCGACCAGAUUAGUAAUUUCAUCACAUUCAUCGGAAUGGUUUUCACCCACAUGGUUGGUAUCUUGAAAUUUUCAAUUUUAAUUUUGGGCCGGCAUAAAAUUAAGAAGAUGAUGAACAUUUUGCAAGACGAUAAAUAUUUGUACGAACCAAUUGGUGGUAUUUCCCCAGGGAAAAUGCUUUCUGACGGCAAGGCGACGAGUUCCAAAAUAUCCAAGCUGGUUUUUAUCAUGUACACUUUCGUCGGUGUAACUGCCCACAUUUCUUCGAACAUAACUCUCAAUAAAGAAAUACCAGGACAAUAUUUUGAUAUUUAUAAUAAAUCUUGUAUAGAUUAUAUGCCUUACUAUUUCAAAUUUCCGUUUGAUGUCAGUAAAAAAUGGAAAUGCGAAGUAGCCCUCACUUUCAUGGACAUUGGUUUAAUCUUUGCAGCUUUUAUAAUAGCAUGUUACGAUGGGGUAUUUGUUGCGUUAUUGAAUUGUUUAAGAUGUCAAUUGUUAAUAGAAUGUCACGUUUUUCGAACAAUAAGACAAAGAAGUUUGAAAAGCCUCGGCCUUCCGGAAACGUACACUAUAUUCCGCGAUACUGCUAAUCCAGCUCUAGAAAAUGAAAUGUAUAAACAACUGUCACAUAGUACCGAACAUUUAAUAGUGCUUUUGAGGGUAGGAGAAGAAAUUGAGGCCAUGUUUACUUUCGUCACUUUAAGUCAAACAUUAGCCUCACUAUUAAUAUUCGCAUCCUGCUUAUAUAUGGCAUCUAGUUUACCCAUGAAUUCUCCAGAGUUUUUUGCUCAAAUGGAAUAUUUCUCUUGCGUGUUAUUACAACUUAUGCUGUUCUGUUAUUUUGGUAACGAAAUAACAUUAGCGAGUCAAGAAAUACGAAAUGCAUUAUUCGAUUGCGAUUGGUUUGGUAGUAGCGUAAGAUUUAGAAAAACCAUGAUUAUUACUAUGGUUCGUACCCAGCGACCUCUAUAUUUAACCAUAGGAAAGUUCUCUCCUCUUACGUUGAGUACUAUUGUUGCUGUUUGCCGAGGAUCAUUUUCAUACUUCGCUUUAUUUAAAAGCGUUCAAAAUAACACUACUGACAUCUAAAUAUAGGAAUGGAAUAAAUCGAUUAAAACAUUUGAUAAUGUUAUAUCAAGUUACGUAUUUGAACUACACCAAUUCACUUUAAUGUAGAAAUCAAAUGUAGAUUUGUAGUUUAAUAUAAAUGUAUCAAUU